CCCAAUUAAAAAAAGUCAAUAUAAAUUCACGGGUUAAGUACCCAGUUCCAGUUCAAAAGUUGACACGCUUCAAUUUUCAUCACCCAACUUUCUCUCUCUAAGAAGAAAUGUAACCAAAAGAAAAAAAGAAAAAACCAAAAAAAAUUAAGGAAAAAACACAGCAGCUCACCAGAGCAGCAAAUGUCAAAAAAGCUUUCUUUCUUCUUCCAGACCCCUUACAUCAACCGACAAAUCCUCUUCACAAACUUCAAAUUUUGAGCCAAGAAUUGUCCUUUCGAGUUGGGUUCUUGCUAAUUUCACUUGGGUCGCUCUUCAUUUCUUUUUUUUUUUUUUCGAAUUCUUUCUUUUUUUUUUUUGUUGGUUCGUUUCGAUUCAGUAGUUGUAGAGUGAAAAGGCUAGAGAGAAAAGAGAAAGAAAUUUUUGAUAUGUCUGUGGAGUCGAGCUCAGGUUUGGGAGGAGAUCAUCAUCACCAUGGUCAUAAUGUGAAAGGAGUGCCUACUCAUGGUGGGCGUUAUGUUCAGUACAAUGUGUAUGGGAAUCUCUUUGAAGUUUCAAGGAAAUAUGUUCCUCCUAUCAGGCCCGUUGGCCGUGGGGCUUAUGGAAUUGUUUGUGCUGCUGUGAACUCAGAGACACGUGAAGAAGUAGCAAUUAAGAAGAUCGGCAAUGCUUUUGACAACAGAAUCGAUGCGAAAAGGACAUUACGAGAAAUAAAGCUUCUUCGUCAUUUGGAUCACGAUAAUAUUGUUGCAAUUAAAGACAUUAUCCGUCCUCCUCAAAAGGAAAACUUCAAUGAUGUCUACAUUGUCUAUGAACUAAUGGACACUGAUCUGCACCAGAUUAUCCGGUCCAACCAACAGUUAACUGACGACCAUUGUCGGUACUUUCUUUAUCAAAUUCUACGGGGACUUAAGUAUGUUCAUUCGGCGAACGUGUUACACCGUGAUCUCAAACCCAGCAAUUUGCUUCUCAACGCAAAUUGUGAUCUGAAAAUUGCAGAUUUUGGCCUUGCAAGAACGACAUCUGAGACAGAUUUCAUGACUGAGUAUGUUGUGACUCGCUGGUAUCGAGCUCCAGAGUUGCUAUUGAAUUGUUCAGAAUACACUGCAGCAAUUGAUAUUUGGUCUGUUGGUUGCAUUCUCGGUGAAAUCAUGACGAGACAACCUCUCUUUCCUGGAAAGGAUUACGUCCAUCAAUUGAGACUCAUCACAGAGCUCAUAGGUUCCCCAGAUGAUGCCAGUCUUGGGUUUCUCCGGAGUGACAAUGCCCGUAGGUAUGUAAAGCAGCUACCACAGUAUCCACGGCAACAGUUUGCUGCCAGAUUCCCUAACACGUCGCCUGGAGCCCUGGAUUUGCUUGAGAAAAUGCUCAUAUUUGAUCCGAGCAGACGUAUCACAGGUAUAUAGUGUGACUGAUUACAUUUUGCUAGUUGUUUUGUGUGGGUGAUUUCAUUCUUCAUUCUUCAAGCUCUUGGAAGAAAACCUCCGAAAAAGGACCAUGUAAACUGAUUCUUGUGUAACGAUCUAAACUGAUUUAUUUUUGGACAAAGUUUAGAUUCACAAACUAAUCUAUUUCACUGUUGAUUUCUUGACAGUUGAGGAAGCGCUUUGUCACCCAUACCUGGCCCCACUUCAUGAUAUCAACGAGGAGCCUGUGUGUCCUAGGCCUUUUGUUUUUGAUUUUGAGCAGCCAUCUUUUACUGAGGAGAACAUCAAGGAGCUUAUUUGGCGGGAAUCUGUCAAAUUUAAUCCAGAUCCUCCUCCUACUCAUUGAGGAUCCCAGGAAACUUUAAUGUUGUAUACAAAGAUCGUUUAACAUGACUUCUCCCUUCCUCAUGAUGUUUGUAUUGAACCCCAGAUGUUGGACAACAAAAAAUUUGCCAAAAAUAUAUAUAAAUCUGAGCCUAGUCAAUGAAUGAGUGAAAACCUUAUUCUGCAUCUCUUGUCAGAGUAUUGCAUCUGAUUCGUGUUUGCAUGUUAGAACUUAGAAAGUAAGCUGGACGCCAUUUUAAUCACCCUGUCAAAGGCGUUAUGGUUUGUCUGGCUACUUUACGAAAUAAAAAGCGUAGUUUAAAGGCAAUUGUAGGAUCUGGGAUUGUCCUCAUUUUGCUUUGUGGUUGUAUUUGAUCUCUUUAUGGCUGCAAUGUAACGUAUGAAGAUUGCACGUUUGUAAGGUUCAAACAUUCAAAAUGGAUAACUUCACAAUACAGUUUCCAGAAAUAGGUCUACAUUUUGAGACUACAUAUAUCAACUAGUUACCAAUCGGGUAAGUGCACUUUUGCAUUUCUACUUUCUCAAUAUCCAGAGUGUCCUGGGGAAACACACAAGCCAUUCCAGGACCUUGAUCAGCCAACAAUGAACAAGGCUGAGGUUCAACUCCACUGGUAAUACCCUGAAUGUCGGUACAAGUCCACGGUACUUUCUUCGCUUUCUGAGCCAUGGAAAUGGUCACAUUAGACAUGCAUAUCUCUGUGAAUGGAUCCCCAGAAAUGCCUUCAAGUCUGGCAGCCAUUUUCACAUCAUCAGCCACCACAUCCCUGUAGUUGAUUCUUGUUAUUUCGGGUAUAGCUUUAGGAUCCCAGCCAGGAUCAGGAUGCGAACCAUAGUUUCCUGUCAUCCAGAAUGCCCAUUUCAUCGUCUGCAAAUUCAUUCCCUUUACGUGUAUGUCUUUCACGAAUCCUCCUCUCCCAACAGCGGUUUUGAUUCGAACUCCUGAUUCUGUGUUUAUGGCUACAAUGUCUUCGGCGCGGACAUCCUGGAUUCCUCCAGACAUUUCACUUCCUAGAGCUAUUGCAGCACUGUAUGGUGAAAUGCAGGUUAGUCUUCUGAUGACAAGUUGUCUUGUUGGCAUUCCAAAUGCAAUGCCAUAUUCAUCCCAUCCACUCUUCACUGCAAUGCAAUCAUCUCCAGACACAAUGUAAACAUCCUCAAUUCUCGUGUUUGUGCAAGAAUCUGAACGAAAUCAAGGAAGAUUCAAACUGGAGUCAAUGACCAUAUAUACAGAGCAAAUCAUCAAUCUAUUCCUGGAAUAAAGAAUAAUGACAGACCAGGGUUGAUUCCAUCAGUGUUUGGAGAUUUUAUUGGGGCUAAGAUUGUAAUUCCUUGUAUGAUUAUGUUACUGAAAACAUCAGAAAGCAAAAUGAGAAUUUGAGAUUUAUGUCAUUAUCAUCUCUUGGGGGAAAAGGGAUGUAAAAAAUUUACCUGCUGUAAAUUGGAUGGACAUUCCAAGUUGGAGCAUUAAGAAAGGUCAGGUUUGAGAUCUGAAUGUUAUCAGAGUACAUUAUCUCAAUCAGAUAAGGUCUGGUGUAUUUGAGCUUUUUAUGGUGGAAUUGAUCCCACCAAAUUUCACCUUGGCCAUCAAUUGUGCCAUUAGCACCUACCAAGAUUGCAACCCAAAAAAAAAAAAAAAGAAAAAGAAAAAAAAAGUGCUGAUGAAUAUAUGAAAAUGUGCAAUACUACAAGAAAAUUAGCACCUGUAGAAAUAUUGUACGGUCAAGAAACAAAAAAUUUCUUAUCAUGUACCAGCAAAGACGAAACACGACUCGAUUGUUACCCUACUAAAUUUUUUUAUUGAAAAGGUUACAUUGGGUAUACCUGUUACAACAACAUCAGUGAGGUUAGUUCCAAAAAUGAGACUGAUGUAUCUUCCACCUGCUGCAUCUCUUCCACGACCAUAAGAUGGUAAAGGACUAAUCACUGGCCAGGUGUUAAUAUCCUGAUUAAACCCAAAUAAAAAGGAAAAACAAAAACCCAAGUCAGAGCUUAAUUCAUGGUGAUGAAAAUUAGUGAUUAAUCACCAUUAAUCUUAGUAAUCAUCAUUGUUAAAAGGGAAUUUUUUUUUUGAAGGGAUUUGCCUGAGAAGCUAAAAGAACAGCAUCUUUAUCAAGAUAAAGAGUGAAAUGGCUGGUGAGAUUGAAGCUUCCUGUCAACCAUUUUCCAGCAGGAACAAAGAGCUGAGACCCUCCAUCAUAUGCAUACUGUGACAGAUUGUUGAUUGCUUCUUGGAAGGCCUUUGUGUUUAAUGUCUUUCCAUCUCCAACUCCUCCAAAAUCUUCAAUGGAUGCACUGUGUUUUCUGCAACUGAUGGCAGAAUACUCAAAAUUUGGCAAUGACUCCUCAGAAUGAAGCCUUGGUUUUCUGCACUCCACUUUGUUGCUGUUAUUAAUUAGGCCAAAAACUGCCCAUAUCACCACUAUCCACUUAACAACUGACAGUUUCAUCUGCAAUCAAAACAGAAAAGAGCCCCCAAAACAUUAACAUUUACUACUAAAAAAGAACAAAAAAAAAAAAAAAAAAAACAGUUUGAUUUCUUGUUUUCGAGGAAUCCAACCGAUGUUGUGACAUUGUACCAAUUUUUUGUGCAUGCAGUUCAAUGAAAAGAAAGAAAGUUGUAUUUUGGUUUCUUAAGGAGAUUAUUUCAUUUUGAUGGAAAAAAAUUGCUUGAAGGAAUAGAAAAAUAAGAAAGAGAUAAUUUUACUUGAAUUUGAUGAUGUGGGAAGGAAUUUUUUCUCCAUAAGAAGUUCAUUGCCACCGAGGGAAUUUAUGCAGAAGUGGUACUUGUAUCACAAGGCCAUAAUGGUUUGUAU